AUGCCAUCCAACCACCACCAAUCAAACCAGCCAGCCAACCAGCCACCCAGCCAGCCAGCCAACCAUCCAGCCAGCCAACCAGCCACCCAAGCAACCAGCCAGCCAAACCAGCCAGCCAGCCAGCCAGCCAGCCGACCAGCCGGCAGCCAGCCAACCAGCCAACCAGCCAGCCAGCCAACCAAACCAGCCAGCCAGCAGCCGGCAGCCAGCCAGCCAACCAGCCAGCCAGCGAACCCAGCCAGCCAGCAGCCAACCAACCAGCCGGCAGCCAGCCACCCAACCAGCCAGCCAGCCAACCAUCCAGCCAACCAGCCGGCACCCAGCCAGCCAACCAACCAGCCAGCCAGCCAGCCAGCCAGCCAGCCAGCCAGCCAACCAGCCAUCCAACCAACCCAGCCGGCAGCCAGCCAACCAGUCCAGCGAGCCAGCCAGCCAACCAACCAGCCGGCAGCAGCCAGCCAGCCAACCAGCCAGCCAGCCAGCCAACCAGCCAGCCAACCAGCCGUUCUGCCGGUCCGGACUACCCGAACCUCAGUCCGCCCAGACCGGAACCGCGCGGCUGAGGCAGAAAAAGAAAGCGGCGGCGGAGGCGCGCGCCUCUUUGGAUUUAAAUACCUGAUUGGACGUUUCUGCGCGUGCACGUCCAGAACAGACGGGCAGAUUGAGCUUCUGCCUGGGACCAAUGAGAGCAGCGAGAUCCGGGUCCAGCUGGACGACUGGACGGUGUCCUCCGGGUUUCCUGACAGACUCAGGAUGAGGAAACAAUCCAGUAACUCUCUUCACCUCCAGCAGCUGGACGAUCGCGUCGCUCUCCGUUGCUCUCCAUCGCUCUCCGUCGUGUCGCUCUCCGUCGCGUCGCUCUCCAUCCCGUCGCUCUCCAUCCCGCCUCUCUCCAUCGCGUCUCUCUCCAUCGCGUCUCUCUCCAUCGCGUCUCUCUCCAUCCCGUCUCUAUCCGUCACGUCGCUCUCCAACGCUCUCCAUCCCGUCUCUCUCCGUCGCGUCGCUCUCCAUCGCUCUCCAUCACGUCGCUCUACGACGUUCUCCAUCGCGUCGCUCUCCAUCGCGUCACUCUCCAACACUCUCCGUCCCAUCGCUCUCCGUCUCUCUCCAUCCCGUCGCUCUCCAACGCUCUCCAUCGCGUCGCUCUCCAACGCUCUCCAUCGCGUCGCUCUCGCUCUCCAUCGCGUCGCUCUCCAACGCUCUCCAUCGCGUCGCUCUCCGUCCCGUCGCUGUCCGUCGCGUCGCUCUCCAUCACAUCGCUCUACAACGCUCUCCAUCGCGUUGCUCUCGCUCUCCAUCCCGUCUCUCUCCAUCCCGUCGCUCUCCAACGCUCUCCAUCGCGUCGCUCUCCGUCCCGUCGCUGUCCGUCGCGUCGUUCUCCAUCACGUCGCUCUCCAACGCUCUCCAUCGCGUCGCUCUCGCUCUCCAUCGUGUCGCUUUCCAUCACAUCGCUCUACAACGCUCUCCAUCGCGUUGCUCUCGCUCUCCAUCCCGUCUCUCUCCAACGCUCUCCAUCGCGUCGCUCUCGCUCUCCAUCGCGUCGCUCUCCAUCGCGUCGCUCUCUAUCGCGUCGCUCUCCAUCGCGUCGCUCUCCAUCACGUCGCUCUCCAUCGCAUCGCUCUCCGUCCCGUCGCUCUCCGUCGCUCUCCAUCACGUCGCUCUCCAUCAGGUCGCUCUCCAUCAGGUCGCUCUCCAACGCUCUCCAUCGGGUCGCUCUCGCUCUCCAUCGCGUCGCUCUCCGUCACGUCGCUCUCUAUCACGUCGCUCUCCAACGCUCUCCAUCGCGUCGCUCUCGCUCUCCAUCGCGUCGCUCUCCAUCACGUCACUCUCCAACGCUCCCCGUCGUGUCGCUCUUCGUCCCGUCGCUCUCCAUCGCGUCGCUCUCCAUCACGUCACUCUCCAACGCUCCCCGUCGCGUCGCUCUCCGUCCCGUCGCUCUCUAUCACGUCGCUCUCCAACGCUCUCCAUCGCGUCGCUCUCCAUCCCGUCGCUCUCCAACGCUCUCCAUCACGUCGCUCUCCAACGCUCUCCAUCGCGUCGCUCUCCAACGCUCUCCAUCGCGUCGCUCUCCAUCCCGCCUCUCUCCGUCGCGUCACUCUCCAACGCUCUCCAUCAUUCUCCGUCGUGUCGCUCUCCAAUGCUCUCCAUCGCUCUCCAUCCCGUCUCUCUCCGUCGCGUCGCUCUCCAACGUUCUCGUCACAUCGCUCUCCGUCACAUUGCUCUCCGUCCCGUCGCUCUCCAUCGCGUCGCUCUCCAACGCUCUCCAUCGCGUCGCUCUCCAACGCUCUCCAUCGGGUCGCUCUCGCUCUCCAUCGCGUCGCUCUCCGUCACGUCGCUCUCUAUCACGUCGCUCUCCAACGCUCUCCAUCGCGUCGCUCUCGCUCUCCAUCGCGUCGCUCUCCAUCACGUCACUCUCCAACGCUCCCCGUCGUGUCGCUCUUCGUCCCGUCGCUCUCCAUCGCGUCGCUCUCCGUCCCGUCGCUCUCUAUCACGUCGCUCUCCAACGCUCUCCAUCGCGUCGCUCUCCAUCCCGUCGCUCUCCAACGCUCUCCAUCACGUCGCUCUCCAACGCUCUCCAUCGCGUCGCUCUCCAUCCCGCCUCUCUCCGUCGCGUCACUCUCCAACGCUCUCCAUCAUUCUCCGUCGUGUCGCUCUCCAAUGCUCUCCAUCGCUCUCCAUCCCGUCUCUCUCCGUCGCGUCGCUCUCCAACGUUCUCGUCACAUCGCUCUCCGUCACAUUGCUCUCCGUCCCGUCGCUCUCCAUCGCGUCGCUCUCCAACGCUCUCCAUCGCGUCGCUCUCCAACGCUCUCCGUCGCGUCGCUCUCGCUAUCCAUCGCGUCGCUCUCUAUCACGUCGCUCUCCAUCGCAUCGCUCUCCGUCCCGUCGCUCUCCAUCACGUCGCUCUCCAUCAGGUCGCUCUCCGUCGCGUCGCUCUCGCUCUCCAUCGCGUCGCUCUCUAUCACGUCGCUCUCCAGCGCUCUCUAUCACGUCGCUCUCCAGCGCUCUCCAUCACGUCGCUCUCCAGCGCUCUCUAUCACGUCGCUCUCCAACGCUCUCCGUCUCUCUCCAUCACUCUCCAUCGCUCUGCGAUCUGAUUCUUCUAACUGAGAAGUUGCUUUGAGGCAGCCAUUGCCCGGUACCGCUUCAGAACCGAACCCGGUUCCACUGGACUCAUGGUUCCUUCUCACUGUUCAGAUUCAUGAACAGAAACAGUCUGAUGACUCAGCAGUCGCCAGGCGGAUUGGAGGAGGAGGAGGGGCUUGUUGGCAUGGAGGGAACAAUCAAAUCAUCUGGGAUGGAAACAAAACGAAGGAGAUGACUUCAUUAGAACAGGGUUAAAGGUCAAAUCCUGUUUCCAUCACGGAGAAGAAGUGGAGCAAAAGAAAAAUUCAUCUGGAAAGAACAGAACCAGAACCAGGGACCUGAAGAGGCCCAACGCCUGGAGGCCGGUUCUGGUUCUGGGGAUUACUGUGGAAGUUCUGGCCACAGUAAUCCUGUGAAGAUGAAGACCAUCAUCCUCUUCAUCAGAUCGUCUUCAGUCAGAGCCUCCGUCAGAUUGGCUGUAACACAGACUGCUACAGGAGACCCAUGUGGAAAAUUAAUGAUUUACUACAUUUAAUUUCUCUUUGGGAUCAACACAGCGGUCCGAUCGGUUCUGGUCGGUCCGGUAAAUCGGGUUAAUAUAACUGCUACCUGUUAUAUUAUCAGGCAGCCCAACAAGGAGUAAGUGCUGAGGUCAAAGGUCGUGUCUGACCAGUAUGGUCCGUAUCUGUGGUUCUGUCUGGGCCCAGCCGGGUCCAGAAGAUAAGUUGUGGAAAACGUCCCGGUGGUUCUGACGUCAUAACUUCAUUUCAUUAAAGGCCCUGCAGCAGGCGGCAGAGGUCACAGGUCAAAGUCUCUUGUUGCCGUGGUUUCCUGACCUGAAGCUGGAUGUCAUGAUUUCUUGGCAGAUAAAAUAAAUUAAAACUAGACGUGGCCUUUCAGCCGGCUGCUAAAAGACAAGGAAAAUUUCACUUUUCCACUGGAUAAAAUCCAACAUGUUUGAAAAAUCCCAGUUAGUGAUUAUCUCUGAUUCCAUAUUUAUAGAUCCAGUGAUGUGCAAUGAGGCUCUGGCAUAAUCAUAUUUAUUUAAACCCCUCCAUGUUGUUUUCAUUCGCAGACUUAGCGCAUAGAAACACUUUUACACAAAUUGUUUUAUCCGUGUCGUAACAAAAAGUGGUUAAGGUGCAGCAAAAGGAAUAUUUAUUGGAUUGUGAAAGUCAGUUUCAGUGGCAGCAGAGCACCACACCCAGACACAGAGUGGACGCUGAAGGUCGAAUGUUGCACCCAGCUCAUACGGGCCGGGCCGUAACGGCGGCAGAACAAUUCAUUUAACUCAAUGAAACUUGGAAAUGUAGGUUUUAUUAAUUUAGUGCUAUGCUCCACAGCAAAGACAAAAUGAAUCAGAAAAACUGUUGAAGUACAACUCAAAACCGCUUCUUCUCGCCCGCUGUGUCAGCUACCCUACACGCAGACUCGUUUCCGUGGCAACUGACAACAACGCCGCUUUAUGUUUCUACAUCCAGCAAGAAAAAAACACUCAAAUAUUUCUAACUCAGCAUAAAACAUUCAG